AUGGUAAUGCCAGUAAAGCUAGAAAAAUCUGACCAAGUUGCAUUUUGGACGCCCAAGCAACCCGAAGUAGGGAAAUUCCUUCGGUAUUUCGAUGGCAUCGAAAGAGAUGCUCCCCUUCUAUUUCAGCCUUUGACUAUAAGAGGCAUGACCAUUUCAAAUAGGGUGGGUACUUCUCCAAUGUGUACUUACUCAUCCGAAAAUUUUGAAGCAAAUAAAUAUCAUCUAGUGCAUUAUGGUUCCAUAAGUAGUAGCGGGCCCGGGUUAGUCAUCGUUGAAUCAUCCGCAAUUGAUCAAAUUGGAGCUUCUUCACCUAAUGAUUUAGGCCUUUUCACUGAUGAACAAGCCAUCACUCAUAAAGAAAAUAUUGUAGAUUGGGCUCAUGUUCAUAAUAUUAAAAUUGGUGUCCAAUUGGGUCAUGCUGGCCGUAAAGCAAGUCUGGCAUCUCCUCUAAAUGGCGAACUAGGCGUUUACGUCCCAAAUGAGGAAGGUGGAUGGCUUGAUAAAUUAGUGGCUCCCUCUACAGUACCCUUCGAUGAUUCUGGUGUAAUUCCAAAUGAACUGACGCUUGCUCAAAUUGAGAAAACUAUAAAACAAUACGGUAUUAGUGCCAAGCUCGCUGUCGAGAAAGCAGGGUACGAUUUUGUUGAAAUUCAUGCUGGUUAUGGAUAUUUACCUUGUCAAUUUUACACAGCCACAGCGAAUAAGAGGAAUGAUAGGUAUGGUGGCCCUUUUGAAAAUAGAAUCAAAUUUCUACUAGAGGUAAUAGAUGAGGUGAGGUCGUCGAUUCCUGACUCUAUGCCAAUUUUCUUGAGACUUUGUGCAGAUGAAAACGUUGAAGACCCAGACGGGUGGAAACUCAAUGACACCAUUCGGUUAUUACCAUUUUUAGUACAGCAUGGGGUAGAUGUUAUUGAUGUCUGUAGUGGAGGCUUGAACUCUAAAGAAUAUGGCUGGGACCAUCCAAACUUUUUACCUCCGAGAGAAAUCGCGAAAAGAAUCAAGGAAGCUGCUCAUAGUAAGAUACUGGUGGCAUCUACGGGUGGGCUGCAAGAUGGUACAACCGCUAACAGUCUAUUAGAAUCUAAUACAGUAGAUAUCUUAUUGAUAGGCAGAGUCUAUCUAAAGAACUCCGGUAUCAUUUGGCAACUUGCAGAUGAUUUGGGCGUUCAACUCGAACAGGCGAAGCAGAAAGCUUGGAUAUUUGAUUCUGAGGGCCAUUUGAAAAAGUGA